AUGGCUAGGUCGCGCAGUAGGUCUUCGGUUGACCGGCGCCGGUCUAGACAUCGGCGCUAUCGCUCCCCAUCAAGGGACAGACGAAAAAGGGAUCGGGAUCGCGACCGCUCUUAUAGACCCAGUGAUCGUCCACCUCGAAAUAGCAAUCGAUCCGAGCAUCGGCGAAAGCGCGACAGCUCUUCAUCUCCAUCAAAUGAUAAUGAAAAAAGACUAAAGAAGUCACAUUUAAGAGACAUUGAUAGAAAAAUUCGGGAAGCUAGGAAAAAGGAGGAAUACGAGAAAAGAAUGCAGGAGAUGAAGGAGAGAGAGCGUCGCGAGCAAGAGGAGCGAGAACGCGAGCUUGAAGCUGCACGCCAGUUGGAGGCGCGAGUGACCGAGGCCUUCGAGGCGGCCCUGGUCGAUCGGGCGGCGGACCUGAAAACCGAGUUGGAGCGUCUCUACCAGGCGGAGUUGGAGAAACGUGUGCAGCAAAGGAUGGAGGAUAUUGAACGCGAGAUCCAGCGCGCGCAUGAGGAGAAGAGGCGUGUUGAGGAGGAGGAAAGACGCAAGCAGGAGGAGUUGGAACGGAUUCUUGAGGAGAACAAUCGGAAACUCAUGGAGGCCAGAAAACGUGAGGAUACCGCAUUCCAUGGCAAAAAUACGUUUGACUGA